AAUUCCAUUCUCCUUCCAUCCAGUUAAAAGUCAAUGAUGCACUUCCAAUUCUGAGAACGAGAUGUCUCGAUACUUUUGUUGCAAAAAGGCCGGAUGAAUUCUAUUGGCAUAUCUUCAAGUUACCUAUGACCCAUAAUUAACGCAGAGCCAGCAAGAUGACCACCUAUCUAGCUUCGGCACCAGUCGUCCUCCAGUCAAUGCAAUCUAUCAUUGACAUUCUCCAAGACUAUGCGACAGCAGCAAGCCAAUUGGGUAUAAGGCAUAGGGGGAGCAGGAGAGUUCGCGAUCUGAUCUUGGCGCUCAGAGUCGAACGCAGUGUCCUAAUAGACAUCGUGACCCACGUUUUUGGUCACCAAUCCAAUGAUAUGAUCGAAGGUCGGACUGCUCCGACUGACGAACAAUUGCAAAACAAGAUUAAAGCCGCUCUUGGGCCCUCGUUGAGACCAAUCCAUACACUUCUGCAGCAGCUUCUAGGGAUUGUGCGAGAACUUGCUGGGUUAUUAAACCUCGACGAUAGCGAUCAGGAACCUUGGAAAAAACUAACCGAUAAUCGUCGCGGUACCGGCCGUUGUCCGACGGACGCUCUCGCUCAGAACGACACAGAUAACCGGUUUUCAGAAGCAUUUAUGAUCCGAUACGAAGGAUUCAAGCUAGCCUGGCGUAAUCAGGGAUUAAAUGAAUACCAGUACAAGAUCAAUAGUGUCAACGAAAAGCUACAAUGGCAUGUCGAGAGGGCAAAGCAGACUUCCAAGAGUAAACUCCAGAAGGAUCAGCUCCGGCGACUGGACAAAUGCCACAGACAAGCAUUCGUUCUCUCCCGAGUUUUUGGUUCACAGCAAGGCUUCGAUUGCAGUUGUCGAGAUAAACACCUCGUACUUCUCAGGUUGGAAAAUACGUUGCCUCGGAACGUGGACACUCUUUGUUUCUCUCAGACACCGGUAUUUAAAGUUAUCCUCCAUAACCCAUCGAUGCCGAGAGGGGCUACCCGGCUCUUGGGGAGAAAUAGACGAUUCUGGCAAUGGGCUGAGCUUGAUACCUGGAUGAAGGAUAAAAAGCAGCUCCGCCUCACACCGUUUCAAGGGGAUUCCAGCGACUCUGAAGAUUCCUUUGACCUACCAAAGACCAGUACAAUCAGGGACAAGAUUACUCGAUUCCAGGAGACCAUUCUCUGGCCUUUAUCAACACCUCCACCACCGGGUAUAAAGAGUUCAUUGAACCUUUGUAUCGCCGCUCUCGAAGUGCAAUAUGCCCAAGACGGCAUAAUCGGCAUGUUGGGUACUAAAGAUACGGGGUCCCUCCAAGUUCGUGUGCAAAAGCCAAAGGUUGAGUCAUGUCCCUGGACCUCGGUCUUGUCCUUACGCAACAUCAUCGAAGAUCCUGCAAUCUCACUGACAGCAUUUCCCACUGAGUCUCGACUGAGAUUGGCGUUGACCAUGGCAACGAGUGUUCUCCAUCUGUAUGAGACCUCGUGGAUACACCGGAGCUGGACUGGGAAUGAUAUCCAUUUCAUUCGCUCUCAAAAUGGUCUAGUGCUGACUGAGGCUUUCGUAUCACAGUCGUCUUUUUCACCAGAUGGAGGGAUUUUCCCAGGGGAGAUAGCACCCAGCAUUCUUGAACCCACAAUAUUCGCAUUGGGCAAACUUCUUACCGAACUGUCGCUGGAUCACACAUGGGACGACAUCCGUCAAUAUUACACGCGGAAAUCCAUGCCGGAAUGUAACAGCAUCUUGAUUUUAGAUAUGGCAGUUGUAAAUUCAAUUCUUGACAACGCGUCAAACGAGAACCUCCCGAUCGCCGACCGUCCUUUUCAUGCGGAAGGCUCCUACUAUUUAGAAGCCGUACGAACGUGCCUAACCUGUGAUCUUGGAGAAAAGUUCUUUUUGGAUAAGGAUGGAAUGCGACAAAUUAUAUACCAAAGAAUAAUUUGCCCGCUGCAGUUUGCUAUGGAGGAUAAUGGGAAUAUGCUUCAUACCCAUCCCGACCUUGCUGAGAUGGACAUAGAGGAAUGUCAAUUUGGGAUGUUUGAUGAUAGGGAGGCCAGGCCUGAAGCCAGGAUGGCUCUGGCAGAGGAAUGGUUCGACCUUUUCCGCGAAAACGUCUUUCCCCUACUUCCCAGACGAAGUUUAACGCCAAUACGAGGCCUAGUCAAAGUUGCUAUUCUGGACACUGGGAUUGACCGAAAUGAUGCUUUUAUUAAAAGGAAUUCGUAUCGCAUUAACCCUCCUACUGCAAAUUGCAGAGAAUGCGGACAUUUAUCAUGCACGGGUGACUGCCAGUAAUAGUUUGGAAAGUCCGGAAUCUAUUGUUGAGGCAAUGCAAUGGGUAAUCCGGGAAGGCGUCGAUAUCAUUUCACUCUCAUUCGGCUUUCACCGUCGUUCUGUGAGUC